AUGAGCAACACGACAAUGGUCGGUGGCAAUCAGCAGCCUGCGGCCCCAGCCCCAACUCAACCGCCCGGGACACAACCGCAACCGGCCGAGGAUGGUUUAAGUGUCAUUCGGCCCGAUCUGGACAAAAGGCGCAUUCAGCGCAUGUUUAGCUGGACCGCGGACUCACCCGCAGUAACCGGUAGCGAGACCAGUGUGGCAACGAUCGACGAUGGAGGGACGAUGUGGAGCAGACAGCAGAAUGCCGUCUCCGUGCGGCAUGCGUUCAAAUCGUACGGCACCAAGAAGAAACCAAAUCAAGUUCUAUCGAAUCUUAACAUGACAGUAGCCAAAGGAACUAUUUAUGGACUUUUAGGAGCAUCCGGUUGCGGUAAAACGACACUUCUAUCAUGCAUAGUAGGCAGAAAGCGACUAAACUCAGGAGAAAUAUGGGUCCUUGGAGGAAAGCCGGGAACAAAGGGAUCCGGAGUGCCGGGAGCCCGCGUAGGUUAUAUGCCGCAGGAGAUAGCUUUAUACGGCGAAUUCUCAAUCCGCGAGACGAUGAUGUACUUCGGCUGGAUCUUUGGCAUGCACACGUCAGAGAUCGUCGAGCGGUUACAGUUUUUGCUCAAUUUUCUCGAUUUGCCAUCGGAGUCUCGGUUGGUGAAGAACUUGAGUGGCGGUCAGCAGCGUCGUGUUUCGUUCGCCGUUGCCCUGAUGCAUGAUCCGGAGCUACUCAUUCUCGAUGAACCAACCGUCGGUGUGGAUCCACUACUUAGACAAAGUAUAUGGAAUCAUCUCGUACACAUCACCAAGGCCGGCCAGAAAACCGUCAUCAUUACGACACAUUACAUCGAAGAAGCCCGACAAGCACACACAAUCGGUUUGAUGCGAUCCGGUCGACUGUUGGCAGAAGAAUCGCCCAGCUGUCUGCUGUCGAUGUAUCGCUGCAGCAGCUUGGAAGAUGUCUUCCUUAAGCUGUCACGUAAACAGGGCCAAACUAAUACGGCACCAGCUGAGCUGAACAUCAGCAACAACAUAUCACUUUCGGCGCUAGCAUUUGGCAACAAAAAGGAUAACCCAGUCUACGUCAGCCAGGAAAGUGGAGUCGUCGGACUAAACUUCCACCAGAGCAAGGAAGUGCUCAUCAGUGACAGUAACGGAUCCACCAUUGCUAUUAACGGACUCAAUGGGUCAGCGCCCGGUGCGAUCAGUCAGGCAGUCGAAUGCGAUAACUGUACCGAAUGUUCGGGUUGUUCCAAUUUCACGUCGAAGGGAAAAAUCCGUGCACUGCUCGUGAAAAACUUCCUGCGCAUGUGGCGAAACGUGGGCGUGAUGCUGUUCAUCUUUGCCCUCCCGGUAAUGCAGGUGAUUCUGUUCUGUUUGGCAAUUGGACGCGACCCAACCAACCUGAAGAUGGCCAUCGUAAACGGUGAGAUGAACUCGACCAUCGGUGCGGACUGUGCGUUCGAUCCUGGGUGCAGCUUUACCAACCUGUCCUGUCGAUACUUGAGCCACCUGAACACGACGAUCGUGAAGGAGUACUACUCGGAUCUGGAUUCGGCGCUCGGUGCGGUACGCGAUGGCAAUGCCUGGGGUGCUUUAUACUUUACGGACAACUUCACCGAUGCACUUGUGGCACGCAUUGCGCUCGGACGAGAUGCGGACGAUGAAACGUUGGAUCAAUCGGAGAUUCGCGUGUGGCUCGAUAUGUCCAACCAGCAGAUCGGCAUCAUGCUCAACCGGGACUUGCAGGUUGCCUACCGGGAGUUUGCCCAGCAGCUGCUCCGAGUGUGCGACAACAACCCGAAGCUUGGCGAUGUACCGAUUCAGUUCAAGGCUCCGAUCUACGGCACCAACGAUCCAUCGUUCACGGACUUCGUUGCGCCAGGAGUCAUUUUGACUAUCGUGUUCUUCCUGGCAGUGGCGCUAACCUCUUCCGCUCUGAUCAUCGAACGUACCGAGGGUUUGCUGGACCGUUCGUGGGUGGCCGGUGUAACGCCGACCGAAAUUCUGUUCUCCCACGUCGUCACACAGUUUGUGGUAAUGUGCGGCCAAACGGCACUGGUACUGAUCUUCAUGAUCGUGGUAUUCGGUGUAACGAAUAAUGGUGAGAUCGGGUGGAUCGUCGUGCUGACCAUCCUGCAGGGUCUGUGCGGUAUGUGCUUCGGGUUUGUCAUUUCGGCAAUCUGUGAGCUCGAACGUAACGCCAUCCAGCUCGCGCUCGGGUCAUUCUAUCCGACGCUGCUCCUGUCGGGCGUUAUUUGGCCGAUCGAAGGUAUGCCGCUGGUGCUGCGAUACGUAUCGCUCUGUUUGCCACUUACCCUGGCCACGACGUCCCUCCGCUCGAUACUGGCCCGUGGCUGGAGCAUAAUGGAACCAGACGUGUACAUGGGAUUCGUUUCCACGAUCGCCUGGAUCGCGCUGUUCCUUGUCAUCACGAUGCUGGUGCUCAAGUUCAAGCGCGGCUAA